GUAAUGUAGUCUGGGGACACGCUGCGGGGGGGAGAUUUUUUUUUCCCCCUCCCCCCAGCAAGUGCUUGGAGCCUUGUUCUUUGGUGGCGAUGCUCAUCUAGAACUUUGAGGAGAGAUUCACAAUUGCCACUGCCUGGAUGGAAGCAGGAUUUGAAAAGGCACACAUGGCAUUCAGGGAUGUGGCUGUGGAUUUCUCCCAGGAUGAGUGGAGCCUGCUGAGCCCUGCUCAGAGGACCCUGUACAGGGAGGUGAUGCUGGAGAACUACAGCAACCUGGUCUCUCUGGGAAUUCUGUUUUCAAAACCAAAACUCAUCAUCCAGCUAGAGCAAGGAAAAGAGACAUGGAGAGAGGAGAAAAUAUGUCCUCUGGCUACCUGUCCAGCAGAACCAAAGCCUGAAGGUCGUCCCAGUCCUGUGUGCCCUGCAGAUCUCUCCACUCAGACAUUCCCUGUGCAGCAAGUGCUGUGUAAUCACCCUCCCUGGAUCUUCACAUGCCUGUGUGCAGAAAGGCCUGCUGAGCCAAGGGACCCACAUCUGGCGGACCCGGAGAAGCAGCCACGCGCCUCUGAUGGGAGCUCUGGGAGAGAGAACCCGGGAGGCGGAGAGAGAGAAGGGACCAAGCCGUCAUUUGGAAAGACUAAGAAAAGAAAUAUGGGGCCCUUCUCCAGGCCAUCCCAGAAGCAGUCCAUCGGCUCUCACAGUGGCACCAGGGGGCUGGCGGGGGAGGCCAGCCCAGCUCAAGCCGGGCGCCCCAAGGAAACGGACAAGUUGCUGCAGCAAAUCCAAGUCUUGGGGUUCGGAACUGUGAGCUGUGGAGAGUGUGGACUGGGCUUCAGCAAGAUGACAAACCUGCUUAGUCACCGCAGGGUGCACUCGGCGGAGAAGCCGUUCGUGUGCCGGGAGUGUGCGAAGGGCUUCAGUCUGAAGAAGAGCCUCGCCAGACACCAGAAGGCGCACUCGGGGGAGAAGGCCGUCGUGUGCCGCGAGUGCGGGCGAGGUUUCAACCGGAAGUCCACGCUCACCAUUCACGAGAGGACGCACUCGGGCGAGAAGCCUUACAGGUGCGGAGAGUGCGGGCGAGGCUUCAGCCAGAAGUCAAACCUCAUCAUCCACCAGAGAACCCACUCGGGGGAGAAGCCGUACGUGUGCCGGGAGUGUGGCAAGGGUUUCAGCCAGAAGUCCGCCGUGGUUAGACACCAGCGGACGCACCUGGAGGAGAAGACCAUCGUGUGCGCUGACUGUGGCCUCGGCUUCAGCGACAGGUCGAACCUCAUCUCCCACCAGCGGACCCACUCGGGGGAGAAGCCGUACGCCUGCAAGGAGUGCGGCCGCUGCUUCAGGCAGAGGACCACCCUCGUCAACCACCAGAGGACCCACUCAAAGGAGAAGCCGUACGUGUGCGGCGUCUGCGGGCACGGCUUCAGUCAGAGCUCAACUCUUAGCUCGCACCGGAGGACGCACACCGGGGAGAAGCCCUUCGUGUGCGGGGUGUGUGGCCGCGGCUUCAGUCUGAAGUCCCACCUCCACCGGCACCAGAACGUCCACUCCGGGGAGAAGCCGAUCGUGUGCGAGGAGUGCGGCCGAGGCUUCAGCCAGCAGUCAAACCUCGUCCGGCACCGGAGGACACACUCGGGGGAGAAGCCGCACGUGUGCCGGGGCCGCGGCCGAAGGCACAGGAGGAAGCACUCGGGGGAGAAGCCGGCCGUGUGCAGGCCGUGCGGGCUCGGCUUUCACAAGUCAGCUUUAAUCACACACAAGCGGGCACAGUCUGAAGACAAGCCCUCUGUGUGCAGAGACUGUGGCCAAAGCUGUAUCCAGUAGUCACGCCUCACGUUACAUCAGAUGGCACACAGGGGGACAGGCCCUUGUGUGCAAGACCUGUGGGCAAGGCUUCAGGCAGAAGUCUCACCUCCGCAGAGGCAGGAAGAUGAAGUGUCUCCAUCACAAACUGCCCCUUCAGCCCGAUGCUGAGGACUGUUUGAGAUCCUGUUCUGACCCUUGUAUUCUCUUUGGAAAUGCAGGUGGUGGAGAGGUCCCAUAGUCAAAGUUCUGACCCUGUCAUGAAAUGGGAUAGAAAGAUACACUUGCUAAGCGAUCAACAGACAUUCACGUAGGUUACUGUCUUCCCAGUCAAUCUUCAUGCUUUGUGGCCUUUUAUUCUAGUAAACUUUUUGUCUUUGCAAAUCUGACCCUUAGCUGUGGCUUCAUUCUCCCAUAGGAAACGAGGAAUGAUAUUCUUUAGGUCACUGUCCCCAAGAAUUAAAUUGCUUACAGGACAUACAGCCCAAGCCACUCACAUUUGUUUAUUGGAAGGUCUGGUCUUUUGUGU